AUAGAGAUAUAUCUUCCUCCACUAGGUUUCGGUGAACAAAGAUAUUUUGCUGGUGUGUCUGAAGGUGAAAAAGAAUUGAAAACGUUUAUUGAAGAAUUAAUUUGGAAACCAGUCAUGAAACACAUUCCGAUUUCACAUUUGGAUGGGCAAUUUGAUACACCUUCUGUAGUAACAGAUGCACGUCACCAAGCAGCAAUAAUUUAUAAUGUUCAAGAUCUUAUCCUGAAUAAGAUUGUCCCGGAUGAUAAUGACCCAGAGCCAGAAGUUCAAGUCAAAGUAACGAGAAACGGACGACAAUCCAUGAUUGCAAAGGAUAAGAAGAAAGCUGACUUGCCAAAGGGCAAAUUCGAAAUGAAGCUGACGGGAAACACAAUACUUGCAGGUGUUGGCAGAAUAACGAAAUUUGAAACAGUUGGAGAACGCCCCACAGAAUUAGGGGAAGUCAUUAUCUUACUAAGUUCAAGCAAUCUACCGGCUGUCGACGAUACACCCAUAGUAUUUGUAAAUAUUGAACAUCUGAAUGACAUUCCUAUCGAAGAUUUCAAGAAGGCAGGUGUAUCGCAAAUAUACGCUCGUUGGAAACUUGAGGAAGAGGAGCACAGAACCGAUAGUCAACCAAUUAAAAACACGAGCAAAGUCCAGUUUGAUGACCAUUACGCAAUUCCACUGGAGCCAAAAGAAGCUGCCUUACUUACUGCGGGGUUUUUGGAUAGCUUAUUUGAAAUUGAGAUUAGGGGCAUUCAUUCUGAAACAUCAAAGGUCAGAAAUUGGAAACUAUUUGGACAAGAAAAAAUUGAUUUUUCCAUAUCAACCGCAAUACCAGUCAAUAAAGAAGAAUUAUUCGAUUUUCCUAUUGCUGUUACGAAAAUCGAUGCAAGCUCGCUUGCAAAGGGCUUGAAUGGCCUAGUACGCGGAGAUUUUCCCUUAUAUCCACCAGAAAACACAGUUUGUAGCUUAGGCCGAGAACGCAUUUGCACAAACGAUAUAAACGCAAUACGCACACCAAUAAAAGCUAACGUAAUUGUCCAACCGUCUAUCAUUUUACGAGCUCAAAUGACGCUGGAAGUUACAAUGGGGUUUGUUGGAUGUAAGCCAAAAGAAUUAAUUCCCAGUUUCUCCCGAUUAUACUGCCUUGUUGACGACACGGAUACGGUUUCGGCAUUGCUUCGAAAAAUAACUGAAAUUAAUAAUGAAGUAGUAUUGAAUAUGAAUAGAGAUUGCCUAUUGACUGGUUUCGUUGUGGACACAGGAGACAAGGCAUUAUUUUAUAUUGAGGGUCAGAGACACGGGCCGAUAUUAAAGAUUUGGCAUAUGGUGGAGGAUUUUUACAGUAAAUUGAAGCCACUUUUUUCCUCAUCGCACAAUUACGCUUCGAGGCUAUAUCCUGGCAUUACUCAAAUUGGGCUGUUUGGUGGCCAGCAAUUUAAGAGAAAAUCCCUGCAGGCAGGAUAUGCCGACAUGUGAUGAACUGAAAAGCUUUAGAUUGGAACUGUGUGUCCCACCUAGAUCUGGUGUUACUAGCCCGCUGAAUUUAG